AUGUAUUCACAACAGAGUAAAAGUAGAGAUUCUGAUGGUGCAAAUUUAAAUUCUAAUGAGGAAGAGUUAACUGGUGAAAUGUUUAGUUUAACUUUGGAAGCUAAAGAUAUGCAGCAACAGUUAAAUGGGUACUUGGAAAAUUCGAGUGUUAGACCAGUUAUUGUGAAAAGAAACAAGGUUUCAGGAAAUUUGGUUUAUCCGGAAAAAUUUUAUGUAGAUUCUGAGAUUGGGUUCGAGAGUUUGAUGAGAAAAGUAGGAAAGUCGUUAGUGAUAGCUUCAGAUGGUUCUUGUGAAUCUGAAAGGGGUUAUAGUGUAGCAAUUUUUGGAGAUAACAAGUGCAUAAAGGAAUUAACUGGUAGAUUGGGUGAUAAUAGUACCGCUCAGUUAUGUGAAAUGGUUGAUGUAAAAAAAGGUUUUGAGUUGGCUGUUGAACUCAAAAGAGAGGAUAAACAGGUUAUUUUGGUAUCAGAUUCAGCGUAUAUGUGUAAUGUUUUUUCAGAACAAUUAGAAGCAAUUAGAAAGUCUAAUAAUAUGAAAAGUUCUGGAAAAGUUCUGGUGCAUAGAAAACUAAUAAUGGAGACUGAUGAAUUGUUGAAUAAAUUGUACAAAUCAAGUAUAAUUCAAGUUAAGUUUCAUGUUGGAAUAAAGGUUAAUGAAAAAGAAGACGAACUGGCGAAAAAAAGUGCAAGGUACUUGGAAUGGAUACAAGCUUCUGAUUUCGUCCAGAAGUCAGAUAAAACAGAAUAUAGAAAAAAAGCUUUAAGAAUUCGCUUGGCGCCAGGUAAAUAG